AUGAGCAACAGCCACCCUCUGCGUCCGCUCGCCUCCGUGUCGGAGAUAGACCACGUCCACCUGCUCUCGGAGCAGCUGGGGGCGCUGGUUUUGGGGGAGGAGUACAGCGAUGUCACCUUCGUGGAGUCUCAGCCCCAGGCGGAGGUGAGUCUGGAGGAGACGCGGGCCGAGGCCUUCUCCAUGCUGCUCAACUACCUGUACACGGGCCGGGCCAGCCUGAGCUCGGCCCGGGAGGAGGUGCUGCUGGACUUCCUGGGCCUGGCCCACCGCUACGGCCUGCAGCCCCUGGAGGACUCCACCUCCGAGUUCCUGCGCACCGUGCUGCACACCAACAACGUGUGCCUGGUGUUCGACGUGGCCAGCCUGUACUCGCUGAGCGCGCUGAGCGCCGCCUGCUGCGCCUACAUGGACCGCCACGCCCCCGAGGUGCUCAGCUCCGAGGGCUUCCUCACGCUGUCCAAGACGGCGCUGCUGACCGUGGUCCGGCGGGAUUCCUUCGCCGCCACUGAGAAGGAGAUCUUCCAGGCGCUGAGCCGCUGGUGCCGGCAGCGGGAGGACGGCGCCGACACCGCGGAGGUGAUGGCGGCCGUGCGGCUGCCGCUCAUGACUCUCACCGAGAUGCUGAACGUGGUUCGGCCGUCGGGGCUCCUCAGCCCGGACGACCUGCUGGACGCCAUCAAGACCCGCUCCGAGAGCCGAAACAUGGACCUGAACUACCGCGGGAUGCUCAUCCCGGAGGAGAACAUCGCCACCAUGAAGCACGGCGCCCAGGUGGUGAAGGGCGAGCUGAAGUCGGCGCUGCUGGACGGGGACACGCAGAACUACGACCUGGACCACGGCUUCUCCCGGCACCCCAUCGAGGAGGACGGCCGCGCCGGGCUGGAGGUCAAACUGGGCCAGCCCUCCAUCAUCAACCACGUCCGCCUGCUGCUCUGGGACCGGGACAGCCGGUCCUACUCCUACUACAUCGAGGUCUCCAUGGACGAGCUGGACUGGAUCCGAGUCGUCGACCACUCCAAGUUCCUCUGCCGCUCCUGGCAGAAUCUCUACUUCAGCCCUCGCGUUUGCAGGGCUCUUCUGUACGGGGGCAUGAAGGAGUCUCAGCCCCAGGCGGAGGUGAGUCUGGAGGAGACGCGGGCCGAGGCCUUCUCCAUGCUGCUCAACUACCUGUACACGGGCCGGGCCAGCCUGAGCUCGGCCCGGGAGGAGGUGCUGCUGGACUUCCUGGGCCUGGCCCACCGCUACGGCCUGCAGCCCCUGGAGGACUCCACCUCCGAGUUCCUGCGCACCGUGCUGCACACCAACAACGUGUGCCUGGUGUUCGACGUGGCCAGCCUGUACUCGCUGAGCGCGCUGAGCGCCGCCUGCUGCGCCUACAUGGACCGCCACGCCCCCGAGGUGCUCAGCUCCGAGGGCUUCCUCACGCUGUCCAAGACGGCGCUGCUCACCGUGGUCCGGCGGGAUUCCUUCGCCGCCACUGAGAAGGAGAUCUUCCAGGCGCUGAGCCGCUGGUGCCGGCAGCGGGAGGACGGCGCCGACACCGCGGAGGUGAUGGCGGCCGUGCGGCUGCCGCUCAUGACUCUCACCGAGAUGCUGAACGUGGUUCGGCCGUCGGGGCUGCUCAGCCCGGACGACCUGCUGGACGCCAUCAAGACCCGAUCCGAGAGCCGAAACAUGGACCUGAACUACCGCGGGAUGCUCAUCCCGGAGGAGAACAUCGCCACCAUGAAGCACGGCGCCCAGGUGGUGAAGGGCGAGCUGAAGUCGGCGCUGCUGGACGGGGACACGCAGAACUACGACCUGGACCACGGCUUCUCCAGACACCCCAUCGAGGAGGACGGCCGCGCCGGGCUGGAGGUCAAACUGGGCCAGCCCUCCAUCAUCAACCACGUCCGGCUGCUGCUCUGGGACCGGGACAGCCGGUCCUACUCCUACUACAUCGAGGUCUCCAUGGACGAGCUGGACUGGAUCCGAGUCGUCGACCACUCCAAGUUCCUCUGCCGCUCCUGGCAGAAUCUCUACUUCAGCCCUCGCGUUUGCAGGUACGUUCGAAUUGUUGGAACUCACAAUACCGUCAACAAGGUUUUCCACCUGGUGGCCUUCGAGUGCAUGUUCACCCACCGCUCCUUCACCCUGGACAGCGGCCUCGUGGUGCCGGGGGAAAACGUGGCCACCAUCUCGUCCUGCGCCAGCGUGGUGGAGGGCGUGAGCCGCAGCAGGAAUGCCUUGCUCAACGGCGACACGCGGAACUACGACUGGGACUCGGGCUACACCUGCCACCAGCUGGGGUCCGGGGCCAUCGUCAUCCAGCUGGCACAGCCCUACUCCAUCGGGUCCUUAAGGCUGCUGCUGUGGGACUGUGACGAGCGUUCCUACAGCUACUACAUCGAGGUUUCCACCAACCAGCAGCAGUGGACCAAAGUGGUGGACCGAACCCGGGUGCCAUGUCGAUCGUGGCAAACUUUGAAGUUCGACAAACAGCCCGCGUCCUUCAUCCGGAUUGUGGGGACUCACAACACCGCCAACGAGGUGUUCCACUGUGUGCACUUUGAGUGUCUGGCCCAGUUGGACCCCUAACCUCUAACCCUAACCCUAACCCUGCUCCAUAACCCCUAACCCUGCUCCCUAACCCGGCUCCAUAACCCCUAACCCUGCCCCCUAACCCCUUCCC